AUGUCUUCCCCAGCGUUGGCAACUACGACUGAUAUUUCAACAGAUUUUCAAGCAUUUCAAGUACGUCCAGUUAUUAAAGAUUUUCGAUUAGCAGCUGAAUUAUUUGCAUCCAAUGGCGAUGUUGUUCUCAUAUGUGGUAAAGAAAAGCAAGAAAGACAAGGAAUGUUAUUAGUAGCAUAUGAAAUUCAAUCACGUGGUAGUGGAAACUUGAGUACUGAUUAUACAUCAGCGUCAACAGCAUCGGUUAGACUAUUAAAAGUUGUUCGUAUAAAUAAAAAAGCUGUGACACAAUUAGAAACGGUACCCAUAAUUAAAUUAGCUUUGUUAUUGGGUGAUGGUGUUUUGUCGCUGUUGGAUAUUGAUUCACUUGUUGAAAUGGCAACCGUACCGCUUCCAAAUUUGACGUUGUUUUCAAGUUGGUACGAUUCAACAGUGCAAUACGAAACAUAUUCAUUAGGUAGUAGUAAUAGUAACAAAUCGACAAAAUCUAGUACGUCGGCAGAUUCAUCUGAGAGUUUAACAAUUACUGAUAGACCAAAUGUGCCUUUUGAACUCCGUCUUGUUGUUGCUACAAAGAGAAAAGCAUUACUAUUCUUCUCAUGGUUUCCACAACAGCUACGUCUAGUUGAAAAUAAAGAACCGAACAGAGGCGUCUUCGAAUUAUGGGAACAACCGAAAACAUUAGCAUUAAGUAAAGAAAAACUAUGCAUCGGUUUGAGAAGAUCGUAUGCAAUAUGGAAUAUAUCGACAGGAAUAAUGGAAAAUGAAAUUCCAUUAAAUAGUCAAAUACCUUAUGAGCCUAUAAUAACAUCAUUACAAGAACGGCGUGGUUGGUGUUUACAAGUUGAUUCAAAUACAAUAUUUCUUGAUACAACUUUUUGUCCUAUGUAUCAAGAGGGUAUAUCAACGUGGAAAGAAAUUCCAUCGUCAAUUGUUCAAUCAUCACCCUACGUUCUUGGAUUAAUGUCAAAUUCAAUUGAUGUAUGUACAUUUAUUCCACAGUCCAUAAAAUUAUCGACAACAGCGACAACAAGCAGCAAUAUUCAACGAUUAUCUCCAUCAUCACUUGUUCAAAGUAUUCCAUAUAAAAAUGUUAAAGGACGUUUGUGGAUGGAUACAAAAAACGAACGUAUUUACGCAUCAACAUCAACUGAUGUCGUUAUCGUUGAACCUGUACCUGUGCGUAUACAACUCGUAAACUAUAUUGGAAUGUGUAAAUAUGAUUUAGCUCUAAUAUUAAUUAAAGCUGUUUUGGGUAAUAAUAAUAAUAUUUUACAAGAGGGUGAACGUACAAGAGACGGUCAUUGUCGUGGAAAUAUUGAUCAAAAAAAUUUAAUUAAAGUAUCAUCUCUUAUCACUAGUGAACAAUCAAAAAAUAACAAAGAAGAACUUGACAUGGAAAGUAUUCGUCGCUCAAGUCGUACUGAUAGUCAAACUGCAUCAUCUGAACAAUUUUUAUGGGAAGAAUACUAUAAAGUUGGUAUUAUGUAUGGCUUUCAAUUAUUUCAUCGUCAACAAUUUGAACAAUCAUUUGAACAAUUUACCGACUAUUUAGCUGAUCCAUGUGAAGUUAUUUCAUUAUUUCCAAGUAUGAUUGGUGAACGAUGGAUAUAUCAAAAUCAAUCAUUUCGUCAAUUUAUUCAGCAACAUAAACAUUUUUCACCACCAGUCGAUUUACUCGGUGUUCAAUUAGAUCAUGCAUUAAAACAAUUACAAGACUAUUUAACACACGUACGAUCUGUCUAUCAAAAAAUAUCAAGGUAUUCGAAUGAACAACAACAUUGGAUUGAAGUUGAAUCAUUAAUGAGAAAUCAAUUGAUAUUAAAAAAUGUUAAAGAUUUAUUGGUGGUUGUUGAUACAGCAUUGUUAAAAUGUUAUUUAUUAGAUAAUAAUAACACACUUGUUAAUUCAUUAUUAAGAGUGGAUAAUAAUUGUUUACAAUCUGAAGUUGAAUAUGAAUUAAAAAAACAUCGAAAAAUGGCAGAAUUAAUAUCAUUCUAUGAAAAAUAUGAUCGACAUCAAGAAGCUCUCGAUCUCAUUAUUAAAACAACUCAAAAUAAUGCAUCAAUAACAAAUAAAUAUGAGUCAAUAAUAAAAUAUUUAAAAAAAUUAGACAAUGAACGCUUAUUAUUGAUAUUUGAAUAUAUUAAACCAAUAUUGAAAGUAGCAAUAAACGAUAAUAAUGAACAAUUAAAACAGCAAAUAUUAAACGUGCUUGCGGAUGAGACUCAAGAUACAUCAAAUAAUAAUCUUCAAACAUCGCCACCAAUGACAGCGCCAAUUCGUUCAUCAAAACUUGACUGUUUGAAAAUAUGUGAAUUUUUAAAUGAGAUUAAUCCUGAUUUCUACAUUAUGUAUCUUGAUCAUAUUAAAUUCAGAGAUGAUAUUGAAAGUCAUAGACGAGAAAUACAUAAUCAAUUAGUUUAUGCUUAUUGUAAACAUAUUAAACAAUUGACUGAAAAAUUAAAACCAUUAGAAAAAACAAAUGAAGAACAAAAAAUUUCAGAUAAUGAUAUAAUGAACAGUACGUCUACCUCCACCCACGGUUUAGACAUGUUGACGGGAAAUGAGUUAAAAGUUGUUUUAGGAUUAAAACGUCAAUUAAUCCUGUAUGAAGACAAAUUGAAAGACUUUCUAUUAGAUUCUCGAUGUCGAUGUGAUUAUGAAAAAAUGGAAGCCUAUUUUUUAAAAGAAAAUAACGAUAAUAAUUAUUUAUUUAAUUUAAGUUAUGGUAUUGUACUCGGUAAACUAUCAAAACAUGAGCAAGCAUUAGAAGUAUUUAUUCAAAAUGGUUACUAUACAGAUGCUGAAAAUUAUUGUGAACAAAUAUAUAAUCAAGGACAAGUUAGUUUAGCACGAGAUUUAUAUCGAAAAUUAUUAGAAUGGUAUUUACAUAAAACAGAUACAGAGCACAAGGAAACAGCAUUAAAAACGAUUUUACGUAUUGUUGAUACAGCAUCGGAACGUUUGGAUCCUGUACAAACAUUAGAAAUUUUACCUAAUAAUUUAGAAUUAAAAAGUAUUCGACGAUUUUUAGAACAAUCAAUACAAACAUGUUCAAAAACAAAACGAACAAAUCAAUUACAACGAAAUUUAUUAUUUUUACAAUUAUUACAAGUACAAAAAACGCGUAUUCAAAAUGAAUAUUAUUCAUUUACAAUGAAUAAUGAUACAAAAUGUGAUCAAUGUGAUUCACCUAUAUCACCACAGCAAGCCGUCGUUCGAUUUCCACAAAAUCGUCUUGUUCAUUUAUUUUGUCGAGCAAAAUAUGAAAAUAAAAUGAAUGAAACUAGUUAUAUGACAAAACGACGUUAA